CUUAUACUCAUUAGCCAGUCGGACAGAGAUCGGAUGAUCGAUUACUCAUACGUCGCGAGCUCUCCCCUGAUUCGAGCGAGGAUGGUUUGCCUCCUAAGGCAUUCAUGAUGGAGCCCCGGGUUCCUAUCCUUUUUCGGUACUCCCACGCGCCGUCUGGUUAAGGGUGUGUGUCUAGUUGAACAUUAUGCCUCCCACUUGAACCACAGCGGAUUAUUGAACGUUUGUGGGAGACCUUCCACGUAGUGGUGGGAUGGACUGGUGAACACAGGAUGGUGAUGCUGGUAUAAAGGCCUCUUCAAUCAUGGACCAUCGACAUCAUCAAACAUAGACCCAUCUCCACUCUCAUCCCCAAAAAGAUUCAAACACCAGCAACCAAAAUGGCCGCCGCCGCUGUGCCAGCUCCCAUUGCCAUCCAGGCUCCCGUCGCGCCACCCACCGUGAUCGCCUCAACCACAUUGCGCGCCACACGACCCACCAAACAGAUCCCCGAGUCCAUCAUCCAGCGAGCCCGCGCCGUCGAAAAAGUGGACUUCGACGCCACCAAGCAUCUGGCAACUGCCACGCCCAGGAAGGUCUUCAUGAUGAAGGACCUCGGCUUCGAAGGCGCGGGUAUUUCGCCGACUGCGCUCUCCGAACCCUUCCCCCUCUUCACACCAGAAGCCGUCCAGCAGAUUCGAGCCGAAAUCUUCAGCGAGCCUGUGCUCCGCGACUGCCAGUAUGCCUCCAGCUUUGCGACGAACAUGAUCCGAGGAUACGGGCCCCAACGUGCCCCCUUCAUCUUCAACGCCUGGCACAGCCCCGAGCUGCUGGCCACCAUCUCCCGCGUCGCAGGGAUCGAGCUUGUGCCCGCGAUGGACGUGGACAUCGGCCACGUCAACGUGUCCGUCAACGACGCCGCCGCCGAGUCAACCAAGUCUAGGUCCACCGACGACACAGACGACGACAGCGUGCCCGCCUUCGCCUGGCACCACGACAGCUACCCCUUCGUAUGCGUGACGAUGCUCUCCGACUGCGAGGGAAUGGUCGGCGGCGAGACCGCGGUGAAGACGGCCAACGGGGAGGUGUUGAAAUUCCGGGGUCCGCUGAUGGGCACAGCCGUCGUCAUGCAAGGCCGGUACAUCGAGCACCAAGCGCUGAAGGCGAUCGGCGGCCGCGAGCGCAUCAGCAUGGUGACCGCGUUCCGGCCCAAGAGCCCGCUGGUCAAGGACGAGACCGUCCUGACCAGCCUGCGGGGCAUCAGCGAGCUGCCCGAGCUGUACAGCCAGUAUGCGCUGUACCGGCUGGAAAACCUCGAGGAGCGGGUGCGUGCGCAGCUGAAGAAGCUACGGGAGCAGCACGCGCGGCGAUGCUUCGAUGUCGAUGCGAUUCGCGGGGCGUUGGGGGAGCAGCGGGCGUUCUUGGAGGCGACGCUUAGGGAGUUGGUGGAUGUGUAGGUGUUUUGGUCUUGAUUGUGGAUGAUGAUGAUGAUGAUUAAUAUGAUUAUGAAUCUGGAUUUGACAGUUUGUGUCUUGUGCUUGUCUUUGGUUUGAUGAAGGGGGGUGUUGUGAUCCUGGCUGGGGUGGUUGGUGUAGGUGUGGAAGUGAUGGAAGGCGAGAGUGUUUGCCAGAUGGCUCGCCUGGCACGUGCUGUUGGUGUUUGUUCUGUUU